CGCGCUUAGCGAUUUGCCUUGGCCGGCCGUCAUCAUCGAUACCACCUCAUGUCAUUCAGACAGCGGCUACUGCGCGACGAGGACGACGAAGAUGGUCGUCCAGACGAGCUCAUAGGAGAAUACGGCGCCAUCCCCGACCCUUCAGAAUCACCAUCUCGGGAGCCCAUCACCAUCGUCACACCCGCAGACAACCGAGCCAAGCGGCGGAAGAUCUACGUUCCCGGCCAAGUAGAAAGUGCAGCAGAGACACGCACGAGCAGCAAUGCCAGCCAACGCGCUCUUCACGCCGGUUCGACAGACGAUCAAAAGGCGUUGGCCGAAUUAUUAGGCGAAGGGCCCGAAAGAGCAGACGAGCCUCUCACGAUAGCUCUCAUACGUACCCGAGAUCCCGACGCAACAGAGGUGGAAGCUUUCAGGGCGGAUAUCGAGACACGCGCAGACGAUAUGACUGCCGAGGAUUAUUCGAGAGUGCCCAUUGCUGAUUUUGGCGCUGCUCUGCUGAGAGGCAUGGGCUGGAAAGAGGGCCAAGCGGUCUCGAAGAACAAUCGCAAGGGACCUGCAAAGGCUUUCGUGCCUGUACAGCGACCACAGUUGCUCGGUUUGGGCGCAAAACCGCGACCGCCGGUUGAGGAGACAAAGACCAAAGCGCGUCCGAGAGAUCGUCGACCGUCUCCGCCUCGAUUUUCAAAGCAAUCAGAAGCGCGAGACAGACACGAACGGUCGCAAGCUCACGACAAACGGCCAAGAGAUCCGCGGGAGGACAGAUACCGCGACGAGCGAAGGGAUAGCCACCGCCCAAAUUCACAUUGGGAUGAGCGCAAUUCGCGCAGGGAUAGAGACGAUAGCGAUAGGUACCGCGAACGGGAUAGACAUCCGAGGCGAUGAGGGGAAGGCAACAGAGCAUGCAUGUUGUACAAUCAAUAAGAAAGGAAAAAAGCAGCAAGGAAAGCUGCGUGCAGAUCUACAAGCGAGGGCCUUCGAUGAAGCGGUUGCGCUUUGCAUGUCCAUCGUGUGUCCAUAGCUCGCCUUCAAAGGCGGCCAUGAGACCCUCCUGGAUCGUAGCGAUGUACACAAACUCGAUAUCGUCCUUGACGCGCUGAGGCACAUCCGCCUCGACGUCCUUACGAUUGCGAGUGGGUAACAAGAUCUUCGUGAUACCCGCUCGAUGAGCGCCUAGCACCUUCU